CUCAUCUCAGUUGGUCUGUAACACCAGAUCCGACGGAAGACGUUGAAGAAUGUUCACAUUGUGUCUUGUCCUGGUUCUCCUUUUUAAAGCCUGUCAUCCAGUUACUUUUCUUUACGCUCGUCUUGGAGAUAGCGUGACUCUGCAAUGCUUUGAUCCAGGCAAAGGUUCCAAAAUUUUAUGGUACAAACAAACUGCAGGACAGAAGCCUGAACUUAUUUCCACUAUUUUCAAGCUAGCUGAUGGAGUAACAUUUCACAAUAAUUUCAAGGAAAACCCUCGGUUUACAGUUCCUGGUGGGAAAGGUACGAUCCACCUUAGGAUCUCAAACAUCCAGCCGUCUGAUUCAGCCAUGUAUUACUGUGGGGGAAUUGAUUUAUAUUCAUUGGAAUUUACAACUGGAAUAUUUCUCAUUCUCACAGGAUCCAGCAAGACUGUUAUUCAACAGCCUGUGUCUGACUCAGUCCAUCCAGGCGACUCUGUGACUCUGAACUGUACAAUAAACACUGGGACCUGUGAAGGAGAACACAGUGUCUAUUGGUUCAGACAUGACUCAGGAGAAUCUCCUCCAGGAAUCAUUCAUACCAAUGGAGACAGGAGUGGUCAGUGUAUAAAGAGCCCUGAGUCUGGGUCUCCUACACAGAGCUGUGUCUACAACCUCCCCAAGAGGAACCUCAGCCUCUCUGAUACUGGGACUUACUACUGUGCUGUGGCCUCAUGUGGAGAGAUACUGUUUGGGAAUGGAACCAAGCUGGAUGUUGGAGGCUGUAAGGGGGACCCUCUUCUGCUGAUGUACUGCCUGGUGACAGCACUGGUUCUGUGUGUCAUCCUCAUCAUUGUUCUUACUUCAGUUCUAUACAAGAUCAGCAGGUCCUGUGGGAUGCACCCUCAACCAAGUGCUCCAGCAGACCCCAGUCAUAAUCAGGAUCAAGAGGUUGACACUCUCCAUUACGCCGCUUUGAAUGUUUCCCACAAAAAGCACAAGGUUCAUAGGGAGAGGAAUGUCAUGGACAGAGACACUGUCUACUCUGGAGUAACAUUCCAAAGCAUGGACUGAAACAGACUUUUCACAUUUUAAGUUACAGUCGGAUGUAUUUGAUCAAACUACCUUUUGCACAAAUGUGAAAACAUUUCAAUUUAUAUCCAAUUAAACAAUCACAAUGUAAUUUAGAUGUACUCUUGGAUUCACUGAUAUUAUUCCAGUUUUUGUGG